AUGGAGUUAGUGGACAGCGAAGGCAGUGUAGUUUUCUUCGCAGGGCUCAAGCUCCGUGGCCUGUUCACAGCCUUGACGGGCCCGAUAAGGCAGAGUAAGCCUGACCCAGAGAUUCAGAUCUCAGCAGAGGACAAACCAGUUCAAGCUCAGGCACCAGAAAAGAGAAAAGUACAAUUGGCCCAAGCAAAGAAGUCCCGUGAUCUGAAAGAAGUAAUUUACUAUGAUGAAGUACCUGAGGAGGCAAUGGAUAUUUUCAGAAGCAGAGGUGGCCGCUAUCCAGACUCCGUCCACUUCCCAGAUCAUGUUAAGAACACCUUUCGACCAAAAGAAAACCUGCCUGGUUGGUUGUCCCAAUGGCGUCAAAUUCCUAGGAGGCCUUAUUUUAUAGGUAGCCUAGGUGAUGAGACAGCUGGCUACCAAGUAGCAGGAGGAAGACUUUGUUGGGAAACCACGGGGGCAUAUGAGGUGAGUUUAGUGACAGUGGCUGCUACCGCAUUGACUUCGGAAGAUUUUGAUGUGUUAAGGCUAACCAACACUUCUCCCUUCUCCAGAGCGAUUGAGUCCAAUAUUUUCACUCAAUCUGCUCAACGAGGAAAGAAGCAUCGUCGUCGAGCUGGCGAGAGAGAUCCUCUAUAA